AUGCCCGCAGUCGCUGCCGGCGGCGGCGUUGUCGGUACCCUCCGCAUCAUCCAAAGGACUGCCGGUGGCGUCGGGGCGAGGACGGCGGCGGCGACGGAUCGUGACGCGGAUUUGCUGAGCCGCAUCGCUGAGCUCCGAAACCUCCGGGAUGCUGAGCUGCUUGUGUACGACGCUGGAUCUUGGUUUCGUAGCAAGCAUGCUGCCAAGUUGCUGGCCCGCCUCCCGGAGCUCGAUCUGCAAACCAGCAACUCGGGGCCUCGCACACGGCGCAUGAUCCGCUUCCUGAGCGCCGCCACUUUGCGGGACCUGUCGCCCCUCCCCGGCCCCGACCUCGCCCGCUGCCUCGCCGCCUUCGCGCGCCUCACCUACGUGCCGCCGGAGAUCGUGGCGCCCAUAUGCGCCGCCCUCACCGCCGCCGGAUCCAGGAAGCUGCGUGCAUGCUCCGGAACCGAACUGGCGGAGCUGGCCUGGGGUCUAGCCUCCUUGGAGCAGCUGUACGGCGAUAUGCAUCAGGCUGUACGGCAGCCGGCGCGCGCGGUGGCUCAGCUGGCGUCCGGCGGUGGCGGUGGCGGUGCGCGGGUCGUGGGUUACGUCCGCGGGGGGGGUGAUUCGGGGGUGCUGGGUGUCAGGGUCGGGAGUGGGGAGCAGGUGGGGCCGCAGCUCGUACAGAAGCUGACGGCGGCGGCGGAGGAGGAGGACGGGACGGCGGAGGUGGCGGCAGCGGCGACGGAGGGGACGACGAAGGCGGAGGGGCCGCAGCCUGCGGCAGCGGAGGCAGUGGAGGAGACAAAGACCACAUUGCACAGAAGCGGCGACGGUGUGGACAGAGCAAGGGCCAGCAGUAGCAGUAGCAGCAGCGGCGGCGACGGUGCCGACAGCAAGGUCGUACAGGCCGCCGCCACUAGUUGCGCAGACCACGCCUUAGCUUCUUCUCUGCCGUCAGCCUUGGAGGAGAAGGAGGAAGAGGAGGUGGCAGCAGCGGCUGUAGCACGCACCACGAAUGACGGCAGUAGUAGCGGCGGCGGAGGAGGAGGAGGGGGAGGAGGAGGGCGGCUUCUGUCCACGACGCGAGGGCGGCAGCACCGCCACCACGACCGCGCCCACGCGGCUCCGGUAAUGGUGUGGCUGGUGCCCAGGGCGAUGGAUCGGAUUUGGGAGCGCUUGGCGGCGGCGGCCGGGUUGUGCGCGGAGCGGGGCGGCAUGCAGGGCGAGCAGCUCGCCAAGGUGUCCUGGGCAUACGCGCGCGUCGGCAGGACUGACCAGCGUCUGUACGACAAGUUGUCUGCCGCUGCACUGGUCCUCAUGGAGCCGUUUCAGAAGAGGAUACAGGCCGCCGCCGCCGAGGCGGUCUCGGAGCCGCGGUACGGCGUCGGCGGCAGCCGCCGCAGCAGCAGUAGCGCUGCCGCCGCCGCGGUGGCCCGCAGCGGCGUCGCUCCCCCCCUGGACCCCACCUCCGUCACCACCCUGGCCUGGGCCUUCGUCGCGGCGGGUCGACGGGAUCCUCCGCUGCUGGCGGCGUUGGCGACCGUUGCGGCGUCGUACAAGGGCGUAUUCGAGAACGACCAGGUGGUGACGCUGGCGCGUUCGUACGCGCAGGCGCGGCACUAUGACGAGGCGCUGUGUACGGCAUUUGCGAUGGUGGCGUCGCGGCGGCACCGCCACCUCACCGGGCGCCAGCUGACCGCCCUCAUCGGCGCCCUGGCGGCUCUGGGCCACCGGGAUGACGAGCUGGGGGGGCCUCGCCUGGCGAGGAUGGUGUGGGACAAGAAAGGUGACCUCAGCGCGGAGGAGGUUUGUGAGCUCAUGUGGGCAUGUGCUCAGCUGGGACUGGACGAGCAGCGGGGUCCCGCUGGCCUUGGUUUCGGAGUGCUGGGGCUGGGGCCUGCAGACGGGGCCGCCCGGCCUACAUCACCAUCAUCAAGCCGCUCACUCACCUCGUCCUUAUCGCCGAGAUCCAAACUGGCAGCGGCUGCCAAUGCUGCUGCCGGCUCCAUCGGCGGCCGCGGCGGCGGCGGCGGCGCCGCCGCUACCUCCGCCACCUUGGCGCUAGCAACCGCGUUGCGAGGGCGUUGCGAGGGGCUGACACCAGUUGAUUUGGCCCGGGCGUUGUGGGCAUCGUCUCUGCUACUGCUUCCGCUGCUGCAUGAGCCAGGUUAUAGUCACCAUGCCGUACAGCAGCUGCUGUGGGACCUGGUUUCGGAGGUGAGGCAGCAGCUGGUACGGCACCCGCCGGAGAGCUUUAGCCAGGAUGCGCUGCUGCAGUUGUACGGAGCGGCGCAGUUGCUCGGCCCGGCGGUGCCGCCGUCGGUGACUGGCCGUGACAUGGGCAGCGUUGAGCUUGCGGGUGGCUACCAAAGUGGCGUGGAGGAGGAGGGGAAGGGGGAGGGGAAGGCCGCACCGGCGGAUCGGUUGAUUGGGUUGCAGGACGAGAGGGACGGGGAGGCAGCCGAUGUCGUACAACGCGACCGGGGAAGGUUGUACGGGAGGGCGGCAGCUGGGAGCGGUUCUGCGGCGGCGGUUCGGAUGUACGGCACUGAAGCCAUCACCCAGUCUGGCCUACAGGCACAGGCCGACCAGCGGCAGCAUGACCCGCAGGCACAGCAGGAGAAGCACGAGCAGCCGGAAAAGGAGCAGCAGCACCGGCACCGACAGCACCGCCCUCGGGCUACCUGGGGCAGGAGGGUGUCCGGCUUCACGGAAUUCGGGCCCAACCCGUACGACGGGUCAUGGUCCGACGUGGACUGGGGCCGCAUUCGCGUCGCAGCCGACGCCGCUGUUCCACAGCUGACGCCGACGCAGGCCGGGGCGGACCCACGGGUCACACACGGUCGAGGCGCCACCUCGCCAAAGCGACGCAUGAAGUACUCCUUCGACUCUGCUAACGAGACCACCGCGGCAGCGUUGCCGUCGUCCGAGUACGAUGUACGGAAGAUGUACGACGAGGCAAGCGGUCGAGAGCUGUGGGAGGUGGUACCGAAGGCUCGUGCGGGUGGUGCCGGCGCGGGUGACGUUGAGGGGCCCCUUGCCGCGCGGGUGCUGCCGGCGGCGCUGCUGCGCGCGUGCCAGGCGGCGGCGGCGGAGUGGGCGGCGGCGGAGCGGCUGCGAUUGGAGGCAGUGGAGGCGCAGGAGGCGGAGUUGUGGCGCCUGGAUGUGGCGGCGGCUCUCCGGGACCUCACAGCUGCGGAGCCGCUACUGCGGUGGGUGGCUCCGGACAACACUGCCGUGGCGGAUUUCUUGGUGCUACAGCCGCCACCGCCGCUACCGGCGCAGUCAAGGACCUCUGGCGCUGCAGCGUACGGCGUCACCGCCCCGGCACCGCUUGCAGUGCUGCUGGUGGGAGAUACGGAAUGCACACGAAAUCCGCCUUUCAUGCCACUGGGCUGGGCCCGCAUGCGGCAACGGCUACUGGAGGCCAGCGGCGCGCGAGUGCUGGUGGUGCCGUACUUCCUAUGGGGGAUGCCGCGACACUGCAAGUCUUCGGAGGUCCCGAGCAUUGGCCAAAAUAAUUGUACAAACGAGCAGCUUGCGUACUUCAUAGAGAAAUGA